AUGCCCAAGAACCCCCAAUACGAAUGUCCCCGCACAGGAAACAUGUACCAGGAGUCUGGAGAUGUGUAUUACUGUUCUUUCCACGACCGGUAUGCAAAGGACCGCUGCCAGGCUUUCUUUGAUUUUGGAGGCUGCGGGAUGCAGUGCCCUGAAUUGCACACUAUGAUCAAUGAUGAGACGGGUAGAAAGUACUGCGACAAGCAUGAACCGACGAGUGAGAUCCCUGAGGUUGUCAAUUGGACGAAGAGGAUGACUGAAUGGCUGACUGAAGUCGCGAUCGCAGAGUCCUCACGUAAGGAUGAUGUUUAUGUUGCUGAGACGAUCGCUGAUGAGGCAGAAGCAGUAGCUAGGCCGGAAGAGUCAGCGCCUAAACCACAAUCAGAGUCAGCAUCUGAAUCGGAGCUAGAAGAAGAAGCCACCGACAUUGAUCUCAGGCUACAGAUUCUGAGCCUCUACCUCUCCCAAGUAGAGGUGCACACCAAGCCCGAGCAACAGCAACAGCAUGGUCACGCAGUCGAUCAGAAGGCAAAGGCGGAAUCGGAAUCACAGCCAGAGCAACAGAAUGAGCACAUUGCCUCGUUGUACUUUCAGUGCAACAUCUGUCUCGAAAACCACAACGCUGCCGACAUGAACAAGAUUGAAGCCUGUGGCCAUCAAUACAACGAAUCAUGCCUACAGGACUUCCUUCGACGAAAAGGUGUGCGGAGAUACAACUGCGCAGGCUGCCGAUAUUGGCUACAGCAAAAGCAGGGACUCUAG